UUUGUAUCAUGCGGAAUCAUUAUUGCAAAUGAAAUCUGCUAUUGAUUUGCAGCAUGUGGCAUGAAAAAUACAACGAUGGGAUUGAACGAGGCUCACCUUUAGAGUUUUAAUGCAUUUUAAUUACUUGAAAUCUCGUGGAUUUGAGAUGUGGGAAUUCAGCAACUCGUGAAGCGGUCUACUUUAACCACAAGGCUUAUUGUUGAUAAAAUCACCUCGGACUCCACUGGCCGUGAAAUAAUAACUUACAAUGUUUUGCAGAUCUUGAAUUCCGAUGCACAUAUGAAAUUUGUAUACCAGCCAAAAUGUUUUACAAAUGUGCCUUAGUUUGGUUUUGUCUGCUGUUAACGAUCAGAGGAACUGAAGAACUUCUGAGAAUAAAAAAAGACAGAUACAAACCAGAAAUAUGGGCAAAUACUGGCGAAAACAUAAAGCUAUUUUGUGAACUGUCUGAAAAUGUGGAGAAUAUAAGAUCAUUCACAUACAAAUGGAUGAAAGAUGGAAAGGCUAUUGAUCAAAGUAACAGCAAUUAUAAAAUACGCAUGUUUAAGUUUUUGAGGAUCCGGUCUGCAGUACUGAGUGAUACGGGAGUAUACAAAUGUUCAAUCAGCAAUGGAGCAUGGAGUGAUUCAAUAUCUGUAAACUUCACAGUUCUAGAUGUGGUUAGAACGCGUCCCGUAAUGCUGAAGCCAAAGGACAAGAGCACUAUAUAUGCAUCGGUUGGUCAUAACGUUUCAGUGGAAUGUGUUGCGUAUGCUCAGGGAAAUUUGCAUUUUCAGCUGCUGCGUGUAACAGGGUCAGGUAAUGGCUCUAAGGAGAUGCAGGUCCUGAAAAAACCGACCGAGUACAAGAGUGACCCGCUCUCAGACACCAAAUCGUUCCGUAGGAUGGAAGCUGUUUUUCAUUUUAAUAAUAUCAGCAGAGAUGACUUUUUUGUCUACACCUGUAUGGCUGGAAAUUCGGUUGGUUACGCGACAUCGUCAUUCAGACUUGCUGAGAUACCUCAUCGCGAAGAACCAUCUACUGCUAUGCCAAGUACAAUGAGAUUUGCUAAGAGAUAUUUCGACCCAGAGCUUGUCGAAGUUGUUGGGAACAAAGUUUCGUUAGACUGUACGGUGCAUUCGUCUGGUCCUGUAACCAUUACUUGGUAUUUUAAUGGUAAAAUGCUAACCUUUGAUACAAUAAACAAGAACAGGCUCAUGAAAAUAAGCCCGGACCGUCAAGUGCUGACAUUAUUGCAACUGCACCCGAAAGAGCUAGGGAAAUAUGAAUGCAUAGUGUCUAACGGUCGAAGCUCGAUAAACCGGACAAUGAACGUCAUUCCACACGGGGGGGUCAGAACGAGCCCCUAUAUGCUGAAGCCAGUGGACAACAGCACGAUAUAUACAUCUGUUGGUGAAAACAUUACUGUGGAGUGUGUUGCAUAUGGCCAGCCAGGUUUACGUUUUAAUCUGCUGCUUGUAACAGAGUCAAGUAAUGGCUCUAAGGUGGUGCAGUUCCUGAAAAAACCGACCGUGUACAGGAUCGAACCAUCAACGAGUCAGGCGAUAUUCUUUUUCAAUAACGUGACAAAAAGUGAUUUCUCUCUAUACAUUUGUAUGGUUCGUAAUCUUUUUGGCUAUGCCAGAACGUCAUUCAAGUUGGCAGAGAAGCCGAUUCCAGUUGCUUCAACCACGCCCGGUCCAAGCACUUUAAAAUUCGUGCGGGGCAGUGUUCCUCUUGUGAUGAAGAAUAAUGUUGGAAACAGGGUCACCUUGGACUGCGAAGUCAAGUCCACCCAUCCCAUUACCGUAUUAUGGUUUUUCAAUGGCAAAGCGCUGAAUUUCGAAGAUUUGGAACUAGGGAGGAGGAUGAAGCUCAGUCGUAACCAUUUAGUUUUGACGUUGUUGCAGUUGCAUGCUGAUGACAAAGGAAAGUACAAAUGUCACGUGUCCAAUGGAUGGGACUCUAUUGAGCGGACCAUAAGCAUCGUUCCUAAGAAAUUGGUGAGAGCAAGCCCCUUUAUGGAUAGUCCAGAAGACAACAGCACUAUAUAUGCAUCUGUAGGAGAGAAUAUAUCAGUGGAAUGCAUUGCGUAUGCACAAGGGGAAGUCCACUUUCAGCUGCUUCGUGUUACACAAGGGUCAAAUGCUUCCGACGUUGUUAAAGUCCGGAAGAAGCCAUCGAUUUCCAAAAAUGACCCAUUGUCUGAUUCUGAAUCGCUGCGCAGGAUCAGAGCUGUAUUUAGCUUUGAUAACUUGAGCGAAGAAGAUUUUCAGCUGUACACAUGCAUGGCAGCAAAUUCGGUUGGUUUUUCUACAACCUCGUUUAGACUGGUGAAGAGAACAAGCAUCGUUGCACCGUCAAGUCAGCUUCCAACAUCUGGUACCGGCAUCAGAAAGUUCACCAACGACAAGCAAUCGCAAAAAGACAAACAACUCCAUCUGAUAUUAUUGUCCGUUUUUGGCGCGGUCAUGUUUGUUUUGAUUGUAAUAGUCCCGUGUAUUUGCUUGAAAAAACUACCUUGUAUGAAUCGGAGAAGUAAAGCUCGUAUUGUAUACACCCACCAGCCUAAGACCAUAGACUAUGAACAAGAUGGAAGCGGUAGAUUGAGUCCUAGUCAAUUUGGAGCCUUUCAGAAGACAAGGGGAUUGAGUUGGAAACGCAGUGCGAAGUCGACUUUGUCAUCAACUCUGACAGAAUCAUAUUUCCAGUUAGAUCUUCCCUAUGAUCCAGAAUGGGAAGUUAAAUUUGACAGUCUUGAGUUUCAGUCUUUGCUCGGUGAAGGUGCCUUUGGUCGUGUCAUGAAAGGUAUCUCAAAUGGAUUGCCUGGCAACCCUGAUGCCACCGUUGUUGCCAUCAAAAUGCUCAAAGAGGAUGCUACCGAUCACGAUUUGUCUGAUCUCAUAUCAGAGAUGGAAGUCAUGAAAAUGAUUGGCAAACACAAGAACAUAAUCAACUUAAUCGGCGUAUGCACACAAGAAAGACUUUGUGUGAUUGUUGAAUACUGUCGCUUUGGAAACUUAAGACAGUUCUUGAGAGAAAGACGACCAACCGGGCCUCCACUGCCUGAACCUCCUGAGAAGCUAACACUUUUUGAUCUGGCGUCAUAUGCGUACCAGGUUUCUAAAGGAAUGGAAUACCUCUCAUCGAAAAAGUGCAUUCAUAGAGAUUUGGCUGCUAGGAAUGUCUUGGUAAAUGACGAGAAAGUUCUGAAGAUAGCAGAUUUCGGGCUGGCUAGAGACAUACACGCAGAGGAUUACUACAGAAAAAGAACAGACGGACGGCUUCCAGUGAAAUGGAUGGCUUUAGAAGCACUGUUCGACCGUGUUUAUACGACACAGAGUGACGUAUGGUCUUUUGGAGUGCUUAUGUGGGAAAUUGUGACUUUUGGUGGCACUCCCUAUCCAGGUGUCCCGUUAGAAAAAUUGUUUGAUCUUCUGAAGAGUGGAUAUCGAAUGGAGAGACCAAUCAAUUGCUCUGAAGAACUAUAUGCACUGAUGUUGUCUUGCUGGGAAGAAAACCCGUCAAAACGACCAACUUUCUCUCAAACUGUUAACAAGCUUGAGCUGUUAAUGCAAGAUCUAAGUGACCAGGUCUAUUUACAACUGCAACCGCCCGUGAUUAGUCCGUUGUCAAUGGAACCAUAUGACUCCAAUUCAAGCAGUUCUAGUUCUUCGGAUUCCAGUGUGUUUAAUCCUCAGCCACAGGAACCCCAGAAACUUGUCAACCCUAAUGGACAAAACUUCUCAUAUGGAAAUACCGAAGCUUUAUCAAAUGCAAACCAAAUGUUGAUAAACCGGACGGAAAGUGACUGUAACGACUCCGGAAUCUCACCCGGUAUUUACGACCCAGAGGAAAGUGAGAGACGUGCCUUCAUAAGGCCAGGCCAGCUCCGUGUUUCCUUCAAGAAUGUGUGAAAAAAUGUGGACAAGUGUGCGCGUGGUUACCUCAUGAGCUGUGUUGCUGUUGUCAUUUCGCCGUUUAGCCCCAAAAUGGAACCAAACUAGGAGAGAUGAGGCAUGAAAAGUUUACGCUGUUUCUAGUUGAGCCACGUUAACGAGAAGUACCAAAAGUGAGGCUUAAUUAUUGCGAGGUACAUGACUGGAAAUGAUUUCUGUUACUUGGAUGAGUUGUUCAAAUAUGAGUUUAUACACGAUAAUCAUUUUGACACCCCUCCCCCCUCAGCUGCCCUGAUGUUAGGCUUUUUCGUACUGUGUUUAUCAUACUAAUGAUUCGCAAGCACGGGAGGUUUCUCGGCACUCGAGCCAUUUAUCCCUCAUUGGUGUUAUUAUUGCUCUUAAUGGAUCGUAUUGUGGCUGAAACAUUAUUGCAUCAAAUAUGAUUGAUAAACGUGUUUUGUGGUCUUUCUUAAACCGUUUUAUGUUUAAGACCCAAAUUAACCUAUAUUCUCUCGUGUGAUAAUCCUAAUUUAGAUUUUAUGUUAAGAAACUUGCUUGUUGUGGUAAGUGAGGCAUGCUUCUGUCAACGUUUUUGUUGGGAAAGGGGUACGUUACUUAUUGUUAAUGCGUUUCCAAGAAACGUUUCAACGGUCCCGCAUUUAAAAAAAUAAAAAUGAUUGCGUCAACCACUCUGCUUAAAGUUCACAUAGCUUGUGGCCCAGUCCACAAAUGCUGCACGUGGGAUGACGAAGGAUUCAGAGGCACAGAUGGUUUCAGAAGUUACCCUGCACUAACAGAUUUCAGAAACACAUGUAAAGUACCAAUUUGUAUCUCAAGGAAGUGUCCCCUUUUGCCUUCAUGUACCUCAACCUUUUGAAUUCUUCCUGCGUCUAUGGGUCCAGUGAACUGGUUCUGUAGAUUUGGUAGAUAAAUUCAUUACUAGAUAGCGUUGUAAUUGGAUUGGCAGUUGACCUGAUUUUAACAGAACGCUGCAACAUUAAAAUGCAUAGUUUAUAGGUUAUGAGGCAUCUGUGAAAACGAUGGCUACUUGGUAAGUUCUAUGUUUGGUGACUUUUAGAAAGUAUCAUUUGCCAUCUUGUAGACAGUCAUGAAAGAGUUGGAAAGCUGGGCAAACAAAAAGUAUACUGACAAAAAACAGGACAGACAAAAAACAGGGCAGACAAAAAACAGUGCAGACAAUAAGUAGGACAGACAAUAAAUAAGGCGGACAAUAAAUAGGGCCGACAAAAACAGUGCAGACAAAAACCAGGGCGGACGAAAACCAGGGCGGACGAAAACCAGGGCCGACAAAAAACAGGGCCGACAAAAAACAGGGCAGACAAAGACAAGCAGACAAAAAACAAGGCAGACGAAAAACAGGGCAGAAAAAACAGGGGAGACAGAAAGCAAUGCAGACAAAAAGUAGAACAGACAAAAAGUAAGGGUAACAGGGCAAGGGUAGACAAAAAGACAGGCCAGACAAAAAGGGUAGAGAAAGAAUAGGGCAGACUAAAAGCAGGGAAGGCAAAAAACAGGUUGCCCUGAUUUUUAAGUUAAACCAAUGUAAGCUCUAUUGAUAAAGCUCUAUCAGUGAUCUGUCAACCUCCACAACACAUAUUUACGCGGUUGUAUUGUAAAUAGGCGAUUUUAGUCAAGUAAAAGAAACAUUGUAAAGCAUUCAAUCAUACCUGAUGCAUCUCUUUAAAAAUCAUUCCAUGCUUUUCAAGCUAAGCUCAGUCUUGAGGUUAAAUAUAACGUAUUUAUUUUCUAGUGGAUUCGUGUAUAGACGCAGAAUUUGUCAUUUGUACUUAGAUUCAUUUUGUAGGUUUGAUGUUCUUUGUAAGUUUCUUUUCUAGUAUUGUGCGAUAGUACUUCAUGUAAAUCCAAACAUUCUUUAGAUAAUUUGUAUCAGUAAUGCGAUCGUAAUGAUUCUUUUGUUGUUGUUGU